UCCUGGCUGGUUCGGCCCCGCGUGCUGGCAGUUGAAUCCCCUUAACGGACUAGACCGAGCGGCACCAAUCUGUCACACUCGCCAUUCGGCUUGAUAACUUUUAUACCGUUAUUUUUUAAAGUGAAUUCUCACGGGAAAAGCGGUAGCUUUUGAUUAGACCGGCCCACAGAGGGCUCUGUUUACACACUUGACAGCCGUAGCAUACCACACCGCGAAAGGACAACUUGCCUGGUUUAUUCAGAAAUAUUAAUUUAACGGUUAACUGAAGGUGGUAGCUCUGAGCUGGCGAGAUGGCAGAGGAACUUGAGAAAAUCCUUUCACAGCUGACUCAGCCUGACAAUGCUGUCAUUCAGCAGGCCACCGCCCAGCUGAAACAGGCUUUCAAAGACCCGGCCAUUAUACCGGCCCUGUGUGCUGUCAUGAGCGGCUCCCAAAACCCUCAGAUCCGUCAGUCAGCUGCAGUGAUGCUGAGGUUGAGAGUGAAGAAACACUGGAAGAAGAUCAGCCCCGAUGAUAGAGAGAGCCUAAAGGCCGUGGUGUUGCAGGUCUUCAUGCAGGAAACGGAGCACACAGUGCAGCACUCACUCUCCCAACUGUGCGCAGUGAUGGUUAAACAUGAGACACCAGACCGCUGGCCUGCCCUGCUGCAGCUACUCAAUGAAUCCACCAAGAGCAGCAACCCUCAUGACAGACGGGUUGGCCUCCUGCUGCUGAAUAAGGUGAUGGAGUCCAAUCCUGAGCCUUUCAAGCCUCACUACUGCCAGCUGCUCCAGCUGUUUAGUACUGUGCUGCAGGACCACAACAACCCUACGGCCUUGUACUACUGCAUCCUCACCCUCACGGCCAUAACUGCAUACACCGGCACAAAAGAGAUGAACCAGAUGCGUUCUAUCAUCCCAAGUCUGAUGGUCGCUCUGCAACACCUCAUCAAGGCAGAUCAGGGCCAAGCAAGCGAGGCCAUGGAGGUGUUAAAUGAGCUCAUGGAGAGCGAGGUGUCCAUCAUCGUCUCUCAUGUUGCCGACAUCGUCCGCUUCUGCUUGGAGGUGGGCAGUGACACCACACUGAGUGACUCUCUGCGGGUGAAAGCCCUUUCUUGUAUUGCCUUCCUCAUCAAGCUGAAGAGCAAGACUGUGCUGAAGCAGAAGCUGCUGAACCCCAUCCUGCAGUCCAUUUUCCCUGUGCUGAACGCAGCUCCGCCUCCUGGUGAGCAGGACCCAGAGGACGAGGAGGACGACAGCGGAGAAGGCACAGACAAUGACAAUCCCAAACACUGUGCUGCUCAGAUUAUUGACACUAUGGCGCUCCAUAUGCCCCCAGAAAUCCUGUUUAAACAACUGAUGCCCCUCACCCAGGCCUCCCUCGCCAGUGAGAACCCCUACGAGAGGAAAGGGGGUCUCAUGUGUCUGGCUGUGCUAGCUGAAGGAUGUGCUGACCACAUACGCACCAAGAUGCUGUCAUCAGUGCUGCAGACGGUGUGCCAGUGUCUCUCUGACAGUAACCAGGUGGUGCGCAGUGCCAGUCUUUUUGCUCUGGGACAGUUCUCUGAACAUUUACAGCCUGAAGUGAGCAAGUACUGUGCAGAGUUGAUGCCGUUGCUGCUGGGCUACCUUUCGUCCUUGAACCAGGCCAAAGUCGGCCAUGUCACGAAGGCCUUUUAUGCCCUCGAGAACUUCAUGGAGAAUCUCGGAGCAGAUAUUGAGCCCUACCUGCCGACUCUGAUGGAGACCAUGCUGUCUGCUCUUAACAACGCUGAAAACCUAAAGAUCAAAGAGCUGGCUAUGUCUGCCAUAGGUGCCAUAGCCAAUGCUGCCAAGGAGCUGUUGGUUCCCUACUUCCCUCCAGUUAUUGAAAGCCUGAAGGGCUUCCUGACUGCCACCACAGAGGAAAUGAGGUCUCUGCAGACUCAGUCCUUGGAUACUCUCUCUGUGCUCGCCCGCACCAUCGGCAAAGAUGUCUUCAGUCCUCUCGCUGCAGAGUGUGUUCAGCUGGGCCUCAACCUCACCGACGCCAUCGAUGAUCCCGACCUGAGACGCUGCACGUACAGUCUCUACUCCUCUGUAUCCACAGUCAGCCCGGACUGCCUGACUCCUCACCUCACUGCCAUUACAACGGUCAUGCUGCUCGCUCUCAAGUCCAACGAGGGCAUCACGGCACACGUUGAGGAGGACAAGACCUUCGUCCUGCUGGACGAUGAGGACGACGACGACGACGACGACGACGAAGACGUGGAAGUAAAAGAUGCGGAUGAUUUCCUGGAAGACGAGCCUGAGGCAGAUAUCCAUGAUUUUGCAGGGUUCAGUGUGGAAAACUCCUACAUCGAUGAGAAGGAGGACGCCUGCGAUGCAUUGGGAGAGAUUGCCUUCAGCACCGGCGCUGCCUUCCAGCCCUUCCUGGAGUCCAGCUUCCAGCAGGUUUACGAGAUGAGAGAUUUCCCCCACGAGGACGUCCGCAGGGCAGCAUUUGGAGCGAUGGGCCAGUUUUGUCGAGCUCAGCAUCAAGUGUGGAAGGAGAAUCCCACUGAGGCCAACCACCAGGCCCUACUGAAGCUGCUGGAUGUGGUGCUUCCUUGCUUUGUGGAAACAGUGCGAACAGAGCAAGAGCGCCAGGUUGUGAUGGCCAUCCUGGAAACCAUGAACAACGUCGUGAAGUCCUGCAAGGAGGAGGCUUUCAAAACCCCUUCACGCCUGAAGGAGAUCAGCUGCGUCAUCCUUGAUGUGCUCAAGAAAAAGACUGUUUGUCAGGGCGGUGGUGAUGAAGCUGAUGAUGAAGACCAACAGGCGGAGUAUGACGCCAUGCUCCAGGAGUUUGCCGGGGAAGGAAUUCCCCUCGUGGCCUCUUCUGUGCCCGCGGACACCUUCGCCCCUUUCCUCAACGACCUGCUGCCUCUCCUCAUGAGCAAAGCGAAAUCCUCGUGCACGGUGGCCGACCGGUCCUUCUCCGUGGGUACGAUCGGGGAAAUCCUGCAGGCGCUUGUGGGCGUGUCCGGGGGCCAAGGAGUGGCAGGCAGACUGUCCAAUCGUCUGCUUCCCGUGCUGGUAGCCGGAGUGAGGGACAGUGAUCCUGAGGUUCGCAACAACAGCGUGUUCGGACUGGGAUGUCUGGCCCAGGCAGCUGGACCCAUAUGUGCAUCAGACUAUCCGAUGAUGCUGUCUGUGUUUUCCAGUAUGCUGACCAGAGAGUCUGACCUCAGGGUGAUUGACAACCUGUGCGCUGCCCUCUGCAGGAUGAUCAUGAGCAACGUGGAGGCGGUCCCUCUUGAGCAGGUGGUGCCUGCUCUGGUGGGUCGUCUCCCCCUCAAAGAGGACUUGGAGGAGAACAAGACGGUGUUCAGCUGCCUGGCUAUGCUCUACACAUACAGUCCUGCUCUGGUGGUGAAGCUGAUGAAGCCCAUAGUUGCUGCGUCCAGUCAUGUCCUCGGCCACAAGGAUGUUGAUAAAGAAACCCAGCACACUGUGGCCGUGCUGAUGAAAGACUUUGCCCAGCACCACUCUGCAGACUUCCAAGCCUCUGUGACCUCCCUUCCUGGAGAGCAGCAGGCUACACUUAGUGCGGCCAUCUCUGCCUCAUAGCCCACACUCACCCUUCCACUCUCAUGUGAAAACAAUACAUUUUUAUUUGACAGUUUUGCCUCCGACUAUUCACUUUUAAUUUAUUGCUAUGUUGAACUUUUAUUCUUCUAAACGGUUACGGUUUACCAUCCUGUGUUGUUACCAUUUUAUUUAGUUCCCCUGUUGCUCCUGUAAAGUGCUACUGUUUGGACGAGCUUCUGGCUUUGCUAUCUUGAGUGUGAAGCGAUGAAUUGAUAAAUGUAGCUCUUUGGUAGAAAUCUCCCAGUGUAAGUCUGUGGACUUUAAACUUCAUGCGGUCUCUCCUAACUCAGAGAUGUAUCUGCUACUUACUAAGGGCCAACACUGAAGCUGUGUGAA